AGCAUGCUCGUCUGGUCUGCUUUUCCUCGUUCGUGUUUUGAAAUCAUCACCGACAGAAUUUAUUUUUGGUGAUAUCUCUUUCUGAAAAUGGAAUGUUGAAGAAGUCAAAGUAUUCAUUUGCUUUCAAAUCCUGUUGAAAAUAACUUUAUGAUCAUUCAUUACAGCGUUAAAAAUGUUUUGUUGAAAGAAGGCUUUGUCAGUCCGAGUGGAAUUGAAUCAUACUUGUUUACUGCGUACUAGGCGUAGAUAUUUCACCGGAAUUGCGCACAUUUGCAUAUGAAUAGUACAGGCAAUUUCACACUUACGCUCAGCCGCCAGCAGAAUCCUUGUUUAUGUUCAUAUUUAUGCACAAAGGGAGCCAUAUUGCUUGGUGAUAGAUGGCUAAACCGGUCAAUUUAUAUGUUCAAAAAAAGGAUCGUUAUUAGUGUCUUAUAAGGUUUAUAGCACAUGGUGUUGACGAGGCAAAGGGAAUGGAAUGCUGACCAGACAUGAUGGGCCAUUCGAGAUGGAUACUUACACUCAUCAUUGUCAAUGUGUUUUCGCUGCCCAUAUCCUGUGAUGUUGGAGGCUCAGAUACCACUCCAACUGAUAAGUCUUUAACUCAAGCUGUUCCAACAAAAAAAGCUUCUGACAUCCUCUCAAAACUUCUAACACUUACUCCAAAGAAGAACAAUGCAACUUUACCAGUGCCUGUGGUAUAUAAUCCUUCCCCUCCAACUAUCACUAAACACCCUGAAAAUGUGACCGGUGUAGAGGUCGGUGACCUUGUGGUCUACCAUUGUCAAGUAAUCGGUGAGGUUGAUGAAAUGUGGUGGGAGCAAAAUGGACAGCGGAUAUAUAUCAGAAAAAGGGAGAAAAUCAAACUGCAGAAUGUGAGUCUGGCAGAUGCAGGCACGUACCAGUGUGUUGCAAGAAAUAAAUAUGGAACAGUUAGAUCAAAGAAAGUUGUGCUUGUUGUAUAUAUGCGAGCAAAAAUAGUCAAAGGACCAGGCAUCAACAAUGUAGAAUAUGGUCAAAAAGUGAACUUAACCUGCGAAGCAAUUGUGCGAGCAAAAAUAGUCAAAGGACCAGGCAUCAACAAUGUAGAAUAUGGUCAAAAAGUGAACUUAACCUGCGAAGCAAUUGGCUAUCCAAAACCGAAUAUAGCUUGGAAGGAAAGAGGCAGCUUUCAAGUGGAUUAUAGCACUGGAAGAAAUUACGAUAAACCAUAUUUAAUAGUGACUGCAGUGGGCCCAAUAAAUUACACGUGUUAUGCAGAAAAUAAGAUCAUUAUUGAUGGAAAGAAGAGAAGGAGUUUCGUGGAAAGUGUUGGUGUCAUCAAAAUCUCAAAUAGACCUGAUCCUCAGGGUUACUGUAGCUUGUACCACGGUAACGUUUGCUCACCAUAUCUACGCCGUCGCUUCGUUUUCUACAACACCAGCAUACCUAACCCACGCACGGUAAUUGACAGUACAGUGCUAGAAAUAAAAGGUGGCCUGGAUAAAGUUAGUGAUAACUGUUACGAACCAAUGUUGAAAAUACUCUGCCACAAAGCUUACCCGGACUGUGAUCAAGUGAUGCCUGGCUUACAGCUUUCAAAACCCCUUUGCAGAGAGGAGUGUUAUGCAUUUAAACUGAUGUAUUGUCGAAAUGAGUGGAGUAAGUUCUUUAACAGUCUCACUGUGAAACAUAAACAGUUAAUCCAAAUACCGGAUAACUGUGGAGAACUUCCAAGCAAAUUCAACAGUACCCCUGACCAUAUUCAGUGCUCCGAUUCUGAUAUUCUCCAGCUUCCUGAUGCCGAUGAUGUCACAAAAACAUGUUAUAAUGAAUCAGGGCAAUACUACCAGGGAUCCGUCAACUUCACCCAGUCUGGGCUUGCGUGUCAACCAUGGGAAGCACAGCAUUUUAUGAAUCACAACAUGCAUCCGGAAUUAUUCAAUGCCAGUAACUUUUGUCGUAAUCCCAAUGGAAAGUACCAUGCACCGUGGUGCUUCACAGAAAUCAUUAUGCCCAGAUGGGAAUACUGUGCUAUUGAUAGAUGCGAUGCAGAUGUUUCAGCUACUCGGUUACCGCUUCCACAACCAACAAAGAAAUUGCCCUUUGACAUCAGCUGGAUUGUCAUCAUAUGUUGCACAUCUCUUGUCAUUAUAGUGAUCAUGAUCAUUUCCCUCACAGGAAUAUUGCAUGUCAGACGCAACAAAAAGCUCGAUAAACUUUACCCCUUCCCGACCAACCUAAACACAUCCGAGAUUCCGCUCAACCCUAUGUAUGGAAAAGACUUCUACCAGAGCUUUAACCCUCGUUUAGAAACAUUUGAAUACCCACGUAACGAUGUAAUUUAUAUUAAAGAUAUUGGUGAAGGGGCGUUUGGCCGGGUGUUCCAGGCCAGAGUGCCGCAUCUGGUCCCUGAUGAGAAAGAGACAAUUGUCGCAGUGAAGAUGCUAAAAGAUGAUGCUGAUGCUGACACUAUGAGAUAUUUCAAUCGCGAAGCGGAAGUCAUAACCCGUUUCAACCAUCAAAAUAUUGUAAAACUACUUGGUGUCUGCUUUGUAGGGAAACCGCUAUCUAUCAUAUUGGAGUACAUGGGCCAUGGCGAUCUGCAGCAUUUUUUGCGACGUCGAAGCCCCGAAAGAAUUUAUGAGGGUAGUAAUAAAAAUGGAAUGGUGCUAGACAUGCGGACCAAACUAAAAAUGGCGAAACAAGUCGCUGCUGGUAUGGCAUACCUUACCGAGCUGCGAUUCGUCCAUCGUGAUGUUGCAACACGGAAUUGCCUUGUCAAUAGUAUGUUGGAAGUGAAAAUAUCAGAUUUUGGUUUGGCUCGACAUCUUGGAUCGCGUGAAUAUUACCUUGGACAUAAAGAUGAAAAAAUUCCAAUUCGAUGGACUUCUCCCGAGGCAUUGUGGGAUUACCAAUUCACGUAUCAAUCGGAUGUGUGGUCCUUUGGAAUCCUUCUUUGGGAAAUUUUCACAAAUGCCUUGAAACCAUACAAUGGAAUGUCACACGAGGAGGUAUUUAUGAAAGUGCGGCAAGGCUAUCGUUUAGGGUGUUCAAAAGAUACACCGAAAGAUGUGUACGAAAUCAUGAAAAACUGCUGGGCUGCUGAAGCAUCAGAUCGCCCCUCGUUUCAGACUGUAUACAGUACGUUGGUAGCACUACAAGAAGCACCUUCUAUUCAACAGGCUAAUGAUUACGCAAUUGUCUAAUAUUAUUAUCUUGUGUGUAAAUAUAUAUGUAAUAACAAUUAAGACUUGUUACGAAUUUAUACAAUUUUAAAAAUAAGAAAAGAAUUUACGAAAACUUGCCACUCCUGUGAAGCUUGAUGUUUGUUGAGUAUUGCUUGUUUACUUUCCAAGGCAAAACAACGCAACUCAACAAAGUUAUAAAAUCCGUGUGGCCUAAGAUUCUCCACCGAAGUGUUGGAAAUCAUGCAAAAACCUGCACAGUGUACAGUGAUAUGUAUCAGAAAAGGUGUUUCCUACCUUUCAGCUUGUCAGACUUAUGCCAAACCUCUAAAUGUUCUGGCUGAUUUUUUUUUUUUUUUUUCACAAGUUGAAAACAGGAGAUCGUGUUACUAAAAUUGGUAAUACAGGGUUUUCUAGUCUCCCUUCAGUUCCGACAGUCUCCCGGAAACUAGCCCAUAAAUAAAUUCAUCACAUUUGACCUCUUCGUUGGUUUGAUCGCUCGCCCGCGGGAAAUUCAGGGCGAAGAAAAAAAUUAAACCAAUAUGAUGACAUGUUUGAAGAUCAUACCAUACUUUUUUCAUACUUUUGUGGUGUGUUGUUAAAUUCUUUCGCACCAUGCGCUGUAGUUCGUAAGAAGUAAGGUCAGCUUCAACUUCGUUGGUGACCGUCAUUUAAGCUCCGCCCACCUGCCAAUGCUCGCAUUACCAUGUUUUUUGUUAGUUGCUUUUUCUCUAGAAACGCGUUCAGAAGGAAUUUAACCGUUUAUUAAAAACACAUGUUUUUGGCGUUAUUCAGCAGAAACACGCCCCCAGUGAUGGGUAUCCCAGUGUACAGCAACAAGAAAUUUAGAUAUGGUAAGAAAUCUCAUUUAACCAGAUCAUCUAGAAGUGGCUUCUCCCAAAUUGGAAAUAACAAUUAAAUUCGAAAAUUUCAAAUAAAUUAUUGAAGGUGCAAAUGUACCAAGCACAAAAUGUACAAUAAUGGAUAUUUGUAAUAAUAGUUAACUACCACUGACUUACCUCUUGAAGUGAUCAUAAAGGCCAACUCAGACAGCGUCAUAUGACGAUUUGUCGUCUGGGACAGUCUUAAACUGUUGUAAGAAAUAUUAAAUGUUUAUGUUUAAUAUUCUAAGAAGGGACAGCUCCCGACGCAAACCAUCGUGUCUGCAUUCAGCACAAACCUGACGCGACAAAUCGUGUUGGCCUGUGUCGUACGACACUGUCUGAGUUGACCUUAAGCUAUUUAGGCUUCUUUGCCAACAUGGUGUUGACAGCUACAAAGUGGAAAUUAUAUUGGGUUUAGUUAUUUUGUAUUAUUGACUGGAAUUUGAAGUAGCACAAGAAAUGUUAUUUUAUAAGUAAUUUGCUUAUGUUAAUAAUAAUAUAAUGUUAGUCUUAAAUAUAUAUACUGUGUACAGUAAUGCAUAAUAGUACAGUAAUACUAAUAUUUCCCCAUUCAUUAAAUCAAAGCUGCAUAUUAAUAAUUGUAUUUUGUACGCAGAGUCAAGACAAAUAUGUAAACCGUAGAUAAAUAAGUAAAUUAAAGAGUACUUAAAUAUUGCAAAUACAAAGGAGAGAUAUGUGCCUUGACAUGACAAAUAUCGUACUUUACUCUCAAGAAAAAAAUAUAGUUUCCUACUUCCAAUACCCUAUUCAGACUACACACUGUUCUGAUCGGUUGCGAUGUAAUCGGUGGUAAACUGAUUACUCUCAAUCGCAAUCAGACAACAUGAAAAAAACUUAUAUAUUCUAAGCUAGGUCUAUGUUUACUGAUCUCAGCCAAACAGUGCCUGUGGAAUUCAUUGUGAUUGAUUGUAGCACCGGUUGCAAUGGGUUACAAUUGCGAUAACGAUUACUUAUCGACUACUAUUGGUGAGCUUUCACACACAAAUUUACUUUGUGAUUUGCUGUCACAAUUGCUACAACCGAUCACAAUGCAAUGCUGGUCUGAAAGGGGUAUUACUCAUAACCCAUCCAUGCUUUUUGUGUUAGCAAUCCACUUGAAUAGCUGUUAUGGAGAACUCUGUGAGCUCUCUAGACUGGCCAUAAUAUUUUUGGUUUGAAGGAAUAUCAAUAUCUAAUAUUUGUAUUCAUUUUAAAAUCUUAAAUUAUAAAAAUCAUAUUUUAACAUUCCACUUCUAUGCAAAAAUCUGCAUUUUAAAAUUAGUUUUAAAAUUACUGUAUAAAGAUUACCCCUUGAUUUGUUUUAUAAAUUUAAAACUAUUGAAAAGUUACUAAUUUUAUCAUGAAUUUUUAAAAUUGUAUAAACAUUUAUUAGUAAUAAACAUGCCUUUUUAAGUUUAAUUAAAUGUUCUUCCAUUAAAUAUACCUGCAUAACUGGCUAAUCGAUGCAAGCCUCAUAUACUGUAGGUGGGGUAAGUCAAUUACAGAAAAAUAUGGAAAUUACUUCUAGCACCUGGAAAAAAAAAAACUUUACUGGAUCAAAGUUGUUAGCACACAAAUGUAUUGUGAUUAUUUAUUCUUUUACUCAACAUCAUGUUAUAAUUAUUAUAUUUAGUACUAUUAGUUAUUGUUAUUAAUUAUUUUUAUUGUAUGUAAAUGUAAUAAUAUUCAAAUUUCAGUCAUUAAACUCUCAGUAUAUUCACAUAAUUUGAUUUUUUUACACUAAAUAUAGGAAAUCUGUUUUAAUUUUUUUCUAAAUUAACAUUACCAAAAAAUACAUAAAACAUGUAUCUUUUGAAUAUUCAUAUCUUUUAGAAAAGUACAGUAUAUAUUAUUGUUUAUGUUUGUCUAAAAACGAUAUAUACCACUGAGUUGCUUGUAUUUUGUUUUGUUGCCAAAGUUACUAAAUUGCAUGCGUCGUUAGGUCAUGGAAUUCAUAAUAAAAAUGAUUUCCAAAUUAAUAGCAGGUUGGCAAAGUAUCUAUUUGUAUGUGUGUAUGUAUAUAAUAUGAAUAUAAAAAAUGUUUUUUUUUUUUUUGUGAAUUCAGUUAGACAAAAAAAAAAAUAAAUAAAAUGAAACAUUGUGUUGUGAAGUAAAUAACUGCAGUUUGCACUUCCAGUAAAACUUGUAAAUAACUGUUAAUUUAUUAUAAGGUGCACAACCAUAACUCAUUCAUUCCUCAAUGACAUGUUUGUAUUCUAGCAGUUAAAGAUAUUGGUUCUUGUUUCUUGCUUGUGAAUACACAGACAUACAAGUGCAUACAUGUUUUUCAUAUUCUGUUCUGUAGAUUUAAUAAAUAAUACAUAAACUACCCAUUACAAUAAAUACGAAUUAUGGUAUACCAGA